UUAAAUUUUGAAUUAGUGAUUAGCGGAAUAAUUUAUUUUACGUGGUGAUAACUGAUAAAUCAAUAAUAUUUCAUUUACUAUUUACACUAUUUUAAUUUUUAACAUCAGUUUGUGAGGUUUAAAAGAAAGCCAAGUAUUUCAAUAACUAUGAAUAAUUCGACACUUUUUAAUAAAUCAGAGCCACGAGAAUUAUCAGAUGGAAAAAUAAAUGAAUGUUAUGUUCUUCUCAAAAAACGAUACGAUACCCUAUUUUACAAUUUAAAUGUUAAAAAGCAAGAUUUGGCAGAUAUUAGAAGAAGUUAUCAAACUGCACUCGGUGUAGAAAGUCAACUGAAUGCUGAUCUAGAAUCUUACCAAUUAGAAGAACAAAAACGUAGAAAUGAACUCCUUUCUCGAGUUGCAAUUCUUCAAGAAAAAAUAGCGUCGUUGAAAUCCGAAUGUUCAGAAAUAAAUGAACAAAAUAACGUUGAAAUUAAGAAAUUGUAUCAAGAAAAUUGUCUUCUCAGGGAGGAAAAACCCGUAACAUCUUGUCUAUUACCAGAAUGUGAUACCAAGGAAAUUGAUGAAAUUCGUAUAAAGUUGUCUUCUGCAACAACUGAUUCAGUAGUAGCUAAAGCUACCCUUGAGGAGUCCAAAUGCGAAAUUUCUUCAUGGCAAUCAAAAAUAGAAGAAUUAGUAUUAGAAAUAAGUGAAUUACGUGCAGGCACUGAUAUUUGUAGAGAGGAAAAACAUGAAGCUAAGGAGAGAGAAGCUUUUGCCAUAGCUCAACUUGCAGCAGCCAAGGCAUUACUUCAUCAAGUUCAUUCUGUUGAUCUAGAGCCUCAUGCCACAAAAGGAAAUUCAGUAUUUGCAGAAGUUGAAGACAAAAGACAGGAUAUGGCUAAAAAUCUUAUUCAAAUGAAACAAACCAAUGCAAGACUUCGUCGCGAUUUAGCUAAUAAACAAGCAGAGGCUGAAGCUCUUAUUCAUGAGAAGCAAACAAUUUGGAUCCAACAAGCUGGUGCUACCUCAGAAUAUGAUAGAGAACUUAUUGAAAGCUAUGAAGAUCGAAUUGCUAAGCUGGAAGCAAAAUGUGAAAAUCAGUGGAGUGAAAUAAAUCAAGGUUUAUCUAAGCUGUGCGAAUUCUCAUAUUGGCAACCUGGAAUUAUUGCUCAUUUAAAAACAGAACGGGAACAACUUCGCGCUGAGGUAUUGGCGAAAGGGGCUGCACAGUUGGCCAGCGCCGCGCAAAUUCGUGAACUGCGCAGAGUGGUGACCCUACAGACCAUAGAUACAAAUAAACAAUUGUGUCAACUAGAUUGGACAGACAAAAUUAUAAAUUCCACAGAUCGGCAAUACUUUAAAAGUGAUAUGAAAAAAAUAAAAUGAAAAUAAUAAAAUAAAAAUAAAUAAUGGUUAAAAGAUUUCAAAAAUUGAGUGCAGCCUAUGACAUAGAGCUGGCAAUAUGUAUAGUCAUUUGAUGCCCUGAAAACCUUGGAUCCAUUACUAAAAGCUUGUCAUCUUCAUCUUUAUCAUAACAACAAAUCUGAAAAAUUAUACCAGGCUAAGAUACGGCUACAAGUAUAUUUUAUUGGAAUAUAAAAAGCUGUCAUGACUAAGUUAUAUUUAUAUCGAAAGAAUAUUUUUUCAUUUAACAGCCAUAAAGUAAUGAAAAGUGUUAUGUAGACUACAUACAUAGAAUUGUAUUGCUAUGUAAUCUUAAAGGCAUAUUUUAUUCACCGCUGGCGAGAGCGCAUGAGUCUAGACAUCAGAGACCAGUAAACACUCUAUUGCCUUGCUAUUCUCACGAGAGAGGAUCCAAGUGUCAAGGAAGACAUCAAUUACAUUUAUGUUAAAACUUGUGUACAAGUGUACAAAGUAUGUCCAUAAUAAAAAAUAUAUAGGAAUUAUACUAAGCUGGUAGACUGAAUGAUUAUUCUAAAACAUUAUUAUGCUUGAUUAAGUAAUAGAUAUUAUACUUAUACCUA